CGGUUGUUUUCCUUGUAGAAGAAGUGAUCCUCAUCUUGAUUGGUUUUCUUCCUCUUCUUGAAGAAUAUAUCUGGUGUUUUUUAGUUACGUUGGUGGGUUCUUGAUCCUGUGGGUGGUUCUUUGUGUGCAUGAUCCAUCUAGUGGGCUAGAGGAGGAACUACUAUACUUCACCAGAAUUUGGGUCCAGAUUAGUAUGGUGGUUCCUUUCUGGACUUGUGGCUAGUUAAGAUCUUCCAAGUAAUUCAAGCCUGGGUUUUUCAAGUUAAAAGAUGUUGCAGUCGGAAAUUCUCUUAUGAAUCUAGUUCGUGUGUACUCCAUGGCCUGGCCUGGCAUGCUGAAUUAUGUUUGGCGGUGGUUAGCACGUCGCUCUAUCAGGUUUUUUUGUCCUCGUAGUUCUUUAUGGUGCCAGAUGCAUCUGAUGGGAUUGGCGAUCUCUUCCCUGGAUAAUUAUGUUUUCUUGCUUCCUAUGUGUUUGCCAAAAUUGUGUCCUGGAAAAAAUAUUUUACCAAAAUUGGCAAAUCUCCUGGUCCAUGUGAAUAUGUGCCCUAAAUAAGUAGUACUAAUACAGUAAUACUAAGCGGUAUAACAGUAACCCCCCUAAUUAAUUGCAUGAAUUGUUCUGGAUUAAUAUCAUUCAUAAUUCCACCUUGAAGAGAUGAUGAUGAUGCUUUAGCUUGUUAGUGCUCCACUAGUAAUCUUUUAUGUUUGCAAUGGCAUGGACAUUAAAUGUCCCAUCUUUACUGAUUAGUAUUAGAUGAAUCUUGUAGCACAUGGAAAACACCUGGGAAGUCUUGCUUGUUAGUCUUCUAAAGGAAGCUAGUCUUCUUUGUUGGCUUAGUUAUCCAGCAUUUACAUCUCUGGUCUCAUGUAGUGUGAUUUAGAUAUUCAGAACAUCAUGAUUAACUGCAAGGGGUUUAGAUGGGAACACCAGAGCUUGCAUCUUUUCAUGACAACAACUGAAUGUGCUAUUCUUGGAAUUUUUCUAUCAGAUAAGGUUCCGGUUUAGAGAUUCCCAGACCAGAAAAGAGGCCGUGCUUUUCAUCUGUUUGUCCUCAAAUUAAUUUGGCAUCAAGCGGUAGCAUAUCCAGGGCUUAAGAAUGAAUCAGAUGCUUCUCUUGAAUGACACUUUUCCCUGCACUGCACUCAGCUGCAUUCAAUUAUUAUUCAGCAAACAUGACAUGUGUCUUUUCCGAGAUUAUUAGCUCCAACAAUUCUGUUAUACUCAAUGAACAGCCUGCUCUAGUCAUCUGGUGUACUAUAUGUGAUUAGUCUGAAAUUAUUUCCUUAGUUUCCUGCAUUAACAGCAUAAUAAUCAAGUGUCAUAUUCAGAAUCACGUAAACCAGAAGCAAUUUCGGACCCAAGAGUGUCAGUUCAGACUCCGUAGUGGUUAUCCACAAGGCUAUCUAACAGUAACUGCAGACCCAUCUUUAAACAUUCAGUUUGUCAUGAUCACCCCACACUGACAAGAACAACACAUGCUAUUUUAUCCCUGUACACUAGUACUACUCAUGACUUAUCUGCUGUACUCUGGUGACUUGGAGAUAGGCAAACAAGGAUUGAGAUUUGAGAGAGAUUGUUCAGGCAUGAAGAGCAGCAACAGCUUCCUGCGGCAACAAGAGCCAUGUGACGAUCAGCUGUCCCUGUCCGACAUCAGCAGCCAGGCGGCGUCCAACUCUUCCUCCGCCGGCCCGCCGCUCGCCCUCGACCUCUCGCUCGCCGCCGCCGCCGCCACGGAGUCGAGCACCACCGACAGCAACGGCAGCGGGGGCUCGAAGGCGGCGGCGGCGACGGCGGGGGCGCGGGAGCCGACGCGGGUGUUCACGUGCAACUACUGCCAGCGGAAGUUCUUCAGCUCGCAGGCGCUGGGUGGCCACCAGAACGCGCACCGGCGGGAGCGCACGCUGGCCCGGCGCGCCGUGCACCACCGCCUCGACGCGUUCCCCUAUGGAUACGCCGACGUGGCCUCCCUCCCGCUCUACGGAUCCCCCGGCCUCUACCACCCCAUCGGCAUCCAGGCGCACGCCUCGGCGCACCGCCAAGGUCUACUGGCCUCGGCGGAGCGGCAGCAGCAUCAGCAAGAAGUUGUCGUGGCCGCCGCAGCCGAGGCGAGGCCGGGACGGGCGCUGCUGGGCCCGAUGCCGUUCCUCGUGGGGGGAGGAGAAGAGGAGGCCAGCUGCUUCGGGACGUGGCCGGGGAGCUUCAGGGCGCCGGCCGGCGGCGUGCUCUUCACCCCCGACGCGCGUGCCUUCCACUCGGGCUCCUCCAACCUUGGCGGCGGCGGCAGCAGCAGCGGCAGCGCCCUCGUGCAGGCCGACGAGGAGCCUGACCUCACGCUUAGACUCUAGGCAGCCCGAUCCAACCCAUCUCCGGACUACGCCGAUCGAUCGAGUUAAUUAGGUUGGUGUAAUCCGUCAGGUUCUUGAGAUUUGCUAGUAGCUUUGCUCCUGCUCGACACCGAUCAGCGAUCAGAUCACAAGGGCGUAGAGACGCUUGAUUCCUAUUGCUUCAUGCAUGCGUACGUGUACGUACGUGGGAGUAUUUUUGUACAGUUUCAUUGCUGUGGUAGUAUAGCGUGUUCUCUAGAACUUCCUGCGGUAUAAAAGGAUUCAUGUAAUCAAAUCAUGUUAGUACUUUGCCAUUUGCAUUCCAGAUUGCUUAAUUUAGCCAUGGAUUGUGUGAAA